AAUUGAAUUACUACUACUUUUGUUUACUGAAAUUGAAAUAGGACAAAAUAUCGUAUUAAGUAAGUGUGGACUCUAAGUUCUCCUGUGUUUGGAAGAAAGUGAAAUGAAGUUAUCUGCAGACCACAUACCUUUAGCUAAGCUUAUGUACAAGCUUGGCAAAUACUAAUUUGCUACUGAGAAAAUUAAAAUCCCAAAAAUCUUCUUCAUCAUGGCUUACUUUUGCUGGUUCUUCUUCCUGUUUGCCAUACUCGUUAGUAGUAAUUUAGGGUCGUCCUCGGACGAUAAAGGUCCAAUAAGACCUUUAAUUAACGUGACGAAGCAUAUCUCUUUUCGAGAUUUCAGCUCCAAUAAUCCCAGAUUGAAGCAAGAUCUUACACUUCUCGGCAGUGCUAUUGUCUCGGAUGAAAAAAAAUCCGUCCAAAUUCCUGACCCCGAGCGAGAAGGCAAUGAUCUUAAGCAUCUAGCAGGACGAGCUAUCUAUUCAUCACCUAUACGUUUCUUCGAUCUUCAGACACAAACACCGGCUUCUUUUGAAACGACCUUCUCGUUUCAAUUUGAAGUAAAGUCCAAUUCGAGCAAUGAGACGUUAGAUCUCGGGAAAUCUGUUGGUGGUAGUGGUCUUACUUUUAUAAUCGUUCCGGAUGAAUUAACUGUUGGCCGUGCUGGUCCGUGGCUUGGCAUGCUGAACGAUCUAUGCGAUGAUGAUUAUAAAACAGUAGCUAUUGAGUUUGAUACUCGGCAGAACGCCGAAUUUGGUGACCUGAAUGACAAUCACUUGGGCAUUAAUUUGGGUAGCAUAGUUUCAACUGCAGCAAUUAAUGCCUCGGAUGCCGGGGUUCAAUUGAAUGACGGAUCAAUUCACAGAGUUUGGAUAUAUUACGAUGGGCGAAAGCGUUUUAUGGAAAUUCGUCUUGCACCUGAUGGCAGAGGAUAUCCUUCUAAAUCCGUAUACUCUGGUUUACUUGAUCUUUCCCCUUACUUGAGUGAGUAUAUGUUUGUUGGAUUUUCAGCUGCUACUGGUAACCAUACACAAAUCCACAACAUCCUGUCAUGGAAUUUCACUUCGAUUAGUCAAGCUUCGCUUCGGAUUCCUUCAACAGAGACGUGCCAGAACAAAAUCAUGCUUCAAAAUAGCACACAGGCUGAAAUGGAACAUCGGAAAACGCCUAAUAGUUUCUUCAUUUUCCUUGCUGUGGUCAUUCUUCUGGUAAUUGUUCUUAUUAACCUCUAUUUCAGUAGCUACAAGGGAGAUGGAGAGUCCAUGGAAGCAACCACUCUGCCCGAGAAAAAGCAGAGACCGCGGCCACCAAACAAGGCGCGUCGCUUCACAAUAGCAGAGAUCUACAUCGCAACUCGGAAUUUCAGCGAGUUACAAAUAUUGGGCAGUGAUGAGAAGAGUAUUACGUAUAAGGCCACAAUCCUGAACGGGUGCAAUGUUGUUGUAAAGCGAUAUUUAACUCAGUUUUUCAAUACCCACGGGUUUGAAAAACGUCAAUUUCACAAGGAAAUCAAGGCCAUCAGCAGAAUUCGUCACCCGAAUUUGGUCCCGAUUAGAGGAUGGUGCUAUGACAACCAAGAAACUAUCGUUGUGUAUGAUUUCAUCCCAAAUGGAAGCCUCGAUAAAUGGCUGUUUGGCGUUGGUGUCUUGCCUUGGACGAGGCGUUUUAAGGUCGUUAAAGACAUAGCAAAUUCUCUUGUCUACCUUCAUUCCAAGCAACUCGCGCACAAGAAUGUCAAAAGUAGCAGUGUGUUUCUCGACGUGAGCUUCAGAGCAGUAGUGGGUGAUUUCGGGUUUGUGCUCACUUCAGCCGGGUCGACCCGGUUUGAGUCCAUGGUAAGUCAGACAGCUGAUGUGUUCGAGUUUGGUGUAGUCGUGCUAGAGAUUGUUGCGGGUCGGAGCAAGAAGUCCAACCCGGGAGAACAGGACUUGUUGGAUCUUGCAUGGGCAAUGCAUGAGGUACAACAGAAGGAAACUCUAGUGGAUCGGAGAAUGGGCGCGAUCGUGAACCUGGAGCAGGCGAUUCGGGCUUUGGAUAUCGGGUUGCUCUGCACGUUGAACGAGAACAAAGGAAGGCCUACGAUGGAAGAAGUGGUGGAAUUCCUAAAUAUGGAGAAACCGAUUCCGGAGUUGCCAUCGGGUCGACCCGUUUCUUUGUUCCCGUACAGCAGCACCACAGGAUUGUGCAGUGGGUACGCUUGUACAGCAUUCAAAUGAAGCCACGUGUUCGGUUCAUCAACAGAAAGUAGCCAAUUGGUGCUUUAUCUUCCACGUAAGCAGACAUUAUUCUAUCAGUUUGGCUACGAAAUAAUGACAGGGAAGCACAUGCAUAUGCUAUGUGACGUUAUUUUCGUGAUAUAGACACUGAUUGUCUGGUCUGUGGUCGGAGUUGUAAAUCACAAGAACUCUUAAAAAGAUUUGAAAUUAUUGUGUAUAUGUACUGCAAUUCACAUGUUCUAUAUAAUUGUAUGUAAUCUUAAUUUAUUCCUCCAUCAUUUUGUAUAUAAUAAAACUUUAACUUAUGUAUAA